UGUAAGUUUAACCAAGAUCAGUGUUUACUCUCACAUAUGAUACUAGUAACUGAUUAGCUAGUUGUCAGUAAAACUGAUAUAAUUUAACACCGUAUCAUUAAAUUGACAACAAGUACAGCAUCUAAAUUGAUAUCACAUCUUUUUCAACUAUUGCAACUUUUAAUUUCACAAAUUAACGCAUUAUAAUCGGGCUAUAUAAAAUUUAACAAUUUGAGAAAGAAGUUAUUCAUUUUAGAUGAGGGCAAAAAUGCUGUCAUGACUGGAAUUCACACACAAAGGAUGUCGAUACUGUUAAAAACGAAUUUAUUAUGGAUUAUUAUUGUGAAUGUUGCUCUUGUGGUAUUGUAUCUGUCGGUGUCACACAAGAUACAUUCAUCAGAUAUAAAUAAUUCUGCAUACAGUAACGAUGUGCAUAUAGAUCAGUUCAAAUACAAUUCAACUGAACUGCUAGUUAACUCUAAAAACAAAACAGAAGUACAGUUAGAAAAAGUUAUCAGUGGUGACUGUAAAGGACUACUUUUCCCGGUACAUUUAUCACUGGAGGUAAGAUGGCGCCCGGUGAACAAAAACCAAACAGCUUUCGUGUUUUCUGUUUAUUCUAUGAAAGACAAAAGAAAACUUGUCAUUAUUGGAGCUAAAAUUAAAGAUCAUUCAACCUAUUAUUGUCAACUGUGGUACCGCAAGGAUAAAUACCGUUCUUUUAAUAUGGAACAAAGGACAGCGAGAGUGAUUGUUCUGCCAGAAGGACACGGGAAACUGUACACGGCAGCUCUGUUUGAGUGUUUGCUUACUUCAUCUGCAAUACCUGAUUUUGUGUCUGUUGUCAACGAAAGCUGCGAAACUCCUCUUCAUGUUCUUGGAGUUGACCAACAUUUUAACAAAGGUACUGACAGAAGACUAUUCACUGUGUGUCUCACUCCUCUUAAUUAUCAUUACGAUGGUGAUUCUGAACUUGUCGAAUGGAUAGAACUUAACAAAAUUCUUGGAGCAGAAAAAUUUAUAGUGUAUAAUUAUUCCUCUUCCAUUAAUGUAAAGCGUGUUCUUGAUUUAUACUCAAAACGAGGCACGACGGAAGUAGUACAAUGGCAAUUGCCAAUGAAAGUUGAUUCCUACCAGGAAACAAAAAACCCGGUCGAAAUUCAUUAUUUUGGUCAAAUUGCUGCAUUAAAUGACUGCAUGUACAGGAGCAAGUCUCAUUCUGAAUUCAUUGUGAAUAUAGACCUUGAUGAAUUUAUCAUCCCACAUUCAGAUCAUGCGCAAACUUGGUCUGACAUGUUGGAGCAGUUAUAUAAGAUAAAAAGAAAAGUUUAUUCGGCCUACCUUUUUCGAAAUACUUUCUUUCGAAAGGAAUGGAAAAAUACAAAUAUAUCGGUCUUAAACAAAACAUUAAUAGAAAAAUAUCGAUUAAUUACUCUUCAAAAAUUUGAACACGAACAAAAUAUUUAUCCAGUUAGAGUAAGAUCAAAGUAUUUUGCACGAACAUCAGAAAUAUUUAGCUUAAUGGUACACGAUGUCCGCGGUUUGUCAUAUACUAAAAUGCUUGCUGUUUCCCCGAAAAUUGGGCUCCUUCAUCAUUACAGAAAUUGUGAGGAUUUAUACCCUGCUACAGCAGACAGAGUCGUUGACAAUACUGUGAUACACAAAUAUGGCAAAACAUUAGUUCACAAUAUACAAAACGUUUGGCUGGAAUUACAGAAAAACUUUAAAUAACAGAAUGAUUUAUCAAAGUGACUUGAGAUGUAUUUUUACGAUAGCUUGCGUUAUAUUCAUAUAAUCCGCGUUCUGUAUAGUGACAUGCGUUGUAUUAGGCCACAUUCUGUAUAAUGACAUUCGUUGUAUUAGGCCGCGUUCUGUAUAGUGACAGGAGUUGUAUUUGGCCGCGUUCCCUAUAGUGACAUGCGUUGUAUUAGGUCGCAUUCUGUAUAGUGACAUGUGUUGUAUUAGACCGAAUUCUGUAUAGUGGCAUGUGUUGUAUUCCUAGAGGCAGCGUUCUCUAUCAUGACGAUUUCGGAGUUCAUAAUUUUUUAAACAUGUACCAGUAAUCUGAAUAAAGAUGUUAUCUAAAAAGUAUUUCUUUUUCAUAUGCAACUAUUUGAUGUGAUACGUUCUACACGUAACGAUUAGCGUAGAUUGUAGAAUACGCGUCAAGCUGGCAAACGUCCCGUACUUUAUUUUGCACUCUGUAUGAAGAUAUGAAGCGUAAGUGAUUCUAUAUAGAAUAUGUAUAGUUUUUGAAAUCUAAAAAGGAUUGUAUGAUAUUUUAUAGCCGUGUGUUACAAUUCCUUUGAAUGUGUAUUCUUUUGAUAGCUUAUAACUAGCAUUUGCUUUAAGAAGGACAGGAAAUUUGUAAUGUAGUGCCUUUUGAAUGCGUAUUCCCUGUUCCCUGGUAACGAUUAAUAACAAAGCCUGUAUUACGAUAUGAAUUUUGCUUGAAAACAAGGAAAGAGAACGAAAUACGAUAU